AUGGAGCUAAGAUGGCAGCCCAACUGAGGGUGCUGCCUCUCUGGGGUCAAGAAAUAUUUAAGGAACGAAUAAACCACGACAAGGCGAUUCUGGGAAAUUAAUGCUGGCGUUUCCGCUAUUUCGCGAGCGAACGUAUUAUGGCUUGAGAAGACACAUUUUCGGGGGACGAGCACCGUGUCGACGCUGUGGCCGGAUCGGAAGACCAUACGUUGUUGCACCACCAGAUUGGCUACAAUUUGCGCUUCUAACAACUGGGGACCGUGGAUGCUAAUUGUGGUAUUUCUGCAACUCGGAACGGACAGAUAAUGUGACAUGUGGUGGAUUUAAUGACGAGUGGAUUGCAUCUGAUAGCUAGAUAUUAUCUAGCUGUGAUAUCUUUUGUGUGAUAUAUGCAUUGUUCUCCAAAACGAUGAUGUGUGCUGCUGCGGCAGCGGCCGCCGGUGGAGGGAUUCUGCCCUCCUCAUCGCCGUCGAUGGGGCUGGGUGUCAGGGUCAUUUCUGGAGCAGGAGCCGAUCUCUCCACCAUUGGUUCGGGAAUGGGUUCUUGUCCGACACCCGGAGCCCAGUCGGAUUGUCGGACUCGGUACCAGCUUUUACUCUCAGGGCGAGCUUUGGCCGAAAGAUACAGGCGGAUUUAUACCACCGCCAUCAAUGAUAAAGAGCAAGGGAUAAAUCAAGGGAGGGGAAAGAAGGCUCUGAGUAAGAAGAAACUGAAAAGGCGACAGAAGGUCAAGUCAAAAGUCAAAUCAAGAACAAAGGCCGAGAGUCUAGAUGGAGCCCUCUGUGUGCCGGACAUCAAGCUGCACAGCAACCCAUCUGCAUUCAACGUCUACUGCAAUGUGCGGCACUGUGUGCUGGACUGGCAGCAGAGAGAGGCCUCCCUGGCGCUGGCUUCUAGGAGUUCGGUGCAGAGUGGGGACUCAGACAGUGAGGAGGAAGAAGAAUACCGCGAGCCAGCCGUGAAGCUGCCAAAGAUCAUUGGAAUCGGCCUGUGUGGGGUAUUUGAGCUGAUAAAAGAGACGCGGUUCUCUCACCCCUCACUGUGCCUGCGUAGCCUGCAGGCCUUGUUGGACAUGCUGCAGGGACAACAGCCUGAAGGCUUUCAGACCGAACCUCCUGAUGUUCUAGAGUCUCUUUUCCAGUUGCUUUUGGAGACCACAGUCCGCAGCACAGGGCCGAAUGAUCCAACAGGACAGGCCAUCACCGCUCUGUCCUGCGCCUGCCUCUUCAGUCUGGUGGUGGCCUGGGGCGACACCGGCAAAAUCCUGCAGGCCGUGUCUGCCAUCCUCACCAACAAUGGCAGCCAUGCCUGCCAGACGAUACAGGUGCCUACCAUACUGAACGCACUACAGAGGAGUGUACAAGCUGUCCUGGUUGGAAAGAUUCAAAUCCAGGAUUGGUUUGGGAAUGGCAUCAAACGUGCAGCCCUGAUGAACAAGUGGGUCCUGAAAGAGGUGGCCAUUGACGAGGAUGAGCGCUGCCUCCUGCAGACUGAUGGUUCUUUCCUGUACUUGCUCUGCAAGGAUGGACUAUACAAAGUGGGCUCUGGAUACAGUGGCACGGUCAGGGGCCAUGUGUACAACUCAACAUCUCGUAUCAGGAAUCGAAAGGAGAAGAGAUCAUGGCUGGGCUUUGCUCAGGGGUACUUGUUGUAUCGGGACACAAGUAACCACACUAUGUCGGCCAUCAAGAUCAACCCCGAGACUCUGGAGCCUGAGGGAACUGUCAUCAUGCCAGGUCAACAUUCAGAUGGACAAAACAUCAUCUUCACAGAUGGAGAGUAUAUCAACCAGAUCGCAGCCUGCAAAGAUGAUGGUUUUGUGGUGCGGAUCUAUACUAUGAGCUCAGACCCGGCCCUGCAGCAGGAACUGCAGCUAAAGCUGGCAAGGAAAUGUCUGCACGCCUGCGGCAUCUCUCUCUUUGACCUCGAGAAGGAUCUGCACAUCAUCAGCACAGGCUUUGAUGAGGAGGCAGCAUUGCUUGGAGCAGGCAGGGAGUUUGCUCUGAUGAAAACUGCCUCGGGGAAGAUUUACUACACAGGGAAGUACCAGAGCCUGGGUAUAAAGCAGGGUGGCCCAUCAGCAGGGAAAUGGGUGGAAUUGCCCGUUACAAAGUCGCCGAAGAUCGCUCAGUUCUCAGUUGGCCAUGAUGGUUCUCAUGCAUUGCUAGUGGCUGAAGAUGGAAGUGUGUUCUUUACAGGCUCUGCCAGCAAGGGAGAGGAUGGAGAAUCCACUAAAAGUCGCAGACAGCCCAAGCCUUACAAGCCCAAGAAGAUGAUUAAAUUAGAGACCAAGACAGCAGUGUAUACUGCCUGUAACAAUGGCAGCAGCAGCAUUGUCACCAAGGAUGGGGAGCUCUACAUGUUUGGCAAAGACGCUAUUUACAGUGACAGCACCUGCCAGGUGACAGACCUGAAAGGUCACUUUGUAACUCAGGUUGCCAUGGGCAAGGCCCAUACAUGUGUUCUGACCAAGAGCGGUGAAGUGUGGACUUUUGGGGUGAAUAACAAAGGCCAGUGUGGCAGAGACACUGGAUCUAUGAGCCAGGCAGGGAAAGCUUUUGGUGUGGAGAGCAUGGCCACAGCCAUGGAUGAAGACCUGGAGGAUGAGCUAGAAGAGAAGGAAGAGAAGAGCAUGAUGUGUCAGCCAGGCAUGCACAAGUGGAAGCUGGACCAGUGCAUGGUCUGCACAGUUUGCGGAGACUGUACUGGCUAUGGUGCCAGCUGUGUCAGCAGUGGACGGCCAGACAGAGUACCAGGAGGUAUCUGCGGCUGUGGGUCUGGAGAGUCUGGCUGCUCAGCGUGUGGCUGUUGCAAGGCCUGUGCCAGGGAGCUGGAUGGUCAAGAGGCCAGACAGAGAGGCAUCUUUGAUGCCGUGAAAGAGAUGAUUCCACUGGACCUCCUUCUAGCUGUGCCUGUCCCUCCCCCUCCAGGAGUGAACAUUGAGGAGCACAUUCAGAUCCGUCAGGAGGAGAAACGUCAGAGGAUCAAUCGGCGACACAGGCUGGAGGAGGGCAGAGGCCCCCUUGUUUUUCCUGGUCCCAUUUUUAUGAACCAGCGUGAGCAGGCCCUAGCCAGAAUAAGACCCCUUCAGGCACUAAGGCAUAAACGGGACAAGCACAAAGACGGUAGCAGUGAGCGUGGAGAGAAGGAUGCCAGCAAAAUCACCACCUACCCCCCAGGGGCAGUGAGAUUUGACUGUGAACUGCGAGCUGUGCAGGUCAGCUGCGGUUUUCACCACUCGGUGGUCUUGAUGGAGAAUGGAGAUGUCUACACAUUUGGUUAUGGCCAACAUGGACAGCUUGGACACGGAGAUGUCAACUCAAGGGGUUCUCCAACUCUGGUGCAGGCACUUCCAGGUCCCAGUGUACAGGUGACGGCAGGCAGUAACCACACAGCCGUUCUCCUCGUGGAUGGGCAGGUGUUUACAUUUGGCAGCUUCUCGAAAGGGCAGCUUGGCCGGCCCAUCCUAGACAUGCCCUACUGGAAUGCCAAGCCAUCUCCCAUGCCUAACAUCGGUGCCAAAUACGGGCGUAAGGCUACCUGGAUUGGUGCCAGCGGAGACCAAACGUUUCUGCGGAUCGAUGAGGCUCUUAUCAACUCUCAUGUCCUAGCUACUUCAGAGAUCUUUGCCAGCAAACACAUCAUUGGCCUUGUGCCCUCCUCUGUGUCUGAACCACCUCCAUUUAAAUGCUUGCUUAUCAACAAAAUGGAUGGAAGCUGCAGGACCUUCAAUGACUCUGAACAAGAGGACCUGCAAGGAUUUGGUCUGUGUCUGGAUCCUGUAUAUGAUGUCAUAUGGAGGUUCCUGCCAAUCUCAAGGGAGAUGCUGUGCUACAAUGCAGUGAUAGCUGAUGCCAGAAUGCCCUCUGCUACAGAUCUACAGGCUCGCUGUAGCAUCCUCAGUCCAGAGCUUGCAUUGCCCUCAGGAUCACAUGCCACCACUACUCGCUCUCAUGGAGCCCUCCACAUUCUCGGUUGCCUGGAUACACUGGCAGCCAUGCAAGAGCUGAAGAUGGGUGUAGCCAGCGCAGAGGAAGAAACCCAGGCAGUGAUGAAGGUCUACUCUAAGGAGGACUACAGUGUGGUGAACCGCUUUGAGAGUCACGGUGGUGGUUGGGGCUACUCGGCCCACUCUGUGGAGGCCAUCCGCUUCUGUGCUGAUGCAGACAUCCUGCUGGGUGGGCUGGGCCUGUUUGGGGGACGUGGGGAAUACACUGCUAAGAUCAAGCUUUUUGAGCUCGGACCUGAUGGCGGUGACCAUGAGACAGAUGGUGAUCUUUUGGCAGAGACAGAUGUUCUGGCCUAUGACUGUGCUGCCAGGGAAAAAUAUGCCAUGAUGUUUGAUGAGCCAGUGCUGCUGCAGCUGGGCUGGUGGUAUGUGGCAUGGGCUCGAGUGUCUGGUCCCAGCAGUGACUGUGGCUCCCAUGGACAGGCUACCAUUACUACAGAUGAUGGUGUGGUCUUUCAGUUCAAAAGCUCUAAGAAGUCAAACAACGGCACAGAUGUUAAUGCGGGUCAAAUACCACAGCUGCUAUACAGGCUUCCCUCAAAUGAUGGCAAUGCAUCUAAAGGGAAACAGCAGACCAGUGAACCAGUCCAUAUUCUUAAACGCUCAUUUGCUCGAACAGUCUCAGUGGAGUGUUUUGAGUCUCUGCUGAGUAUCCUCCACUGGAGCUGGACUACCCUGGUUUUGGGUGUGGAGGAGCUGCGAGGGCUGAAGGGCUUUCAGUACACAGCCACCCUGCUUGACCUGGAGAGACUGCGCUUUGUUGGCACGUGCUGCCUCCGCCUGCUCAGGGUCUACAUCUGUGAGAUCUUCCCCAUUGCUGGUAGGAACACAGAGAAGUUCUCAGCAGUCAGUCAAUGGCAAUAUACCAGCACCAAAGCUGUAGUGGAGGAGUCAAGCAAGCUGGCAGAAUGCGUGGGAAAGACACGCAGCCUGUUGAAGAAGAUCCUGUCAGAAGGCAUGGACAACUGCCUGACCAAGCUGGACAAUGACCCCCAGGGCUACUUGUCUCAGCCUUUAACCCUGCUAGAAGCUGUGCUGCAGGAGUGCCACAACACCUUCACUGCCUGCUUCCACUCUUUUUACCCAACCCCAGCUCUGCAGUGGGCCUGCCUCUGUGACCUGCUCAACUGCCUGGACCAGGACAUUGCUGAGGCCAACUUUCGAACAUCCAGCAGCCGUCUGCUGGCGGCUGUCAUGUCCGCUCUCUGCAACACUUCUGUCAAGCUAACAUCCAUCCUGCCCAUUGCAUAUGAUGGGGAGGUGCUGUUGCGUUCACUGGUCAAACAAGUCAGCACAGAGAAUGACUCUGCCCUCGCUCACCGCUUCCCCCUGCUGGUGGCCCAUAUGGAGAAGCUAAGCCAUACGGAGGAGAACCUGAUGGGAAUGACCAGUUUCCGGGAGGUGCUGGAGAAGAUGCUGGUGAUUGUGGUGCUGCCGGUGAGAAAGAGUUUAAGGAAGGAGGUGGAACUGUUCUCGCCACACCUGGUCUCCAACACCUGUGGUCUGCUGGCCUCCAUUGUUUCCGAGCUAACUGCAUCUGCCCUUGGCUCUGAGGUUGAUGGGCUGAACUCACUCCACUCAGUGAAAGCAUCUCCUAACCGUUUCACAAAAACAAGCCAGGGCCGGAGUUGGAACACAGGCAAUGGCUCUCCGGAUGCCAUCUGUCUGACAGUGGACAAGCCAGGCGUUGUGCUGGUGGGCGUCUGCGUCUAUGGAGGAGGGGGAAUCCAUGAGUAUGAAUUAGAGGUUCUGGCUGAUGACGCACAGACAGAGCACCCAGGAGACUCAGCACAUUCUCACAGGUGGACGUCACUAGAGUUGGUGAAGGGCACCUACAGCACUGAUGAUUCUCCCAGUGAUAUUGCUGAGAUUCGCCUGGACAAGGCUGUGCCUCUCAAGGAGGGGGUCAAAUAUGCUGUGCGAUUGCGAAACUACGGCAGUCGGACAGCCAAUGGCGAUGGAGGGAUGACCACAGUCCAGUGCUCUGAUGGUGUGUCCUUCACCUUCAGCACCUGCAGCUUGAGUAGUAAUGGGACCAACCAGACCAGAGGACAGAUCCCUCAAAUUCUAUACUACAGGAGUGAGUAUGAUGGGGAUCUCCAGUCUCAGCUCCUGAGCAAAGCCAAUGAGGAGGACAAGAACUGUAGCAGGGCUCUUUCUGUGGUCAGUGCUGUGGUCAGAGCUGCAAAGGACCUUCUCCACAGAGCUUUUGCUGUUGAUGUCGAUGAUAUUCCUGAACUGUUGAGUUCCUCCAGCCUGUUCUCCAUGCUCCUGCCACUUAUCCUGGCCUACAUCGGCCCUGUGGCUGCGUCUGUCCCAAAGGCUGCUGUUGAGGUGUUUGUGCUUGUUCAGGAGCUGUUACCUGCUGUUUCUGCCCUCAACCAAAAAUAUGCCCCGCCCACCUUCAAUCCCAACCAGUCAACAGACAGCACAACUGGCAAUCAGCCUGAGCAGGGCCUGUCAGCCUGUACCACCUCAAACCACUAUGCUGUAAUUGAGAGUGACCACCCUUAUAAACAAGCUGGCGUCACACAAUACAGGGUAACAUUCCCAGACUGUGUACGCUGGACCACCAUCGAGUUUGAUCCACAGUGUGGCACUGCACAGCCAGAGGAUGUCCUUCGUCUGCUCAUCCCCAGCCGUACCCUUCACCUGUCUAGUCUGGGGGGCAAACCUUUGAUCCAUGACACCAUCAACACCUGGACUGAGCUCAAGAAGUUCUCAGGCUCCACAGGCUGGCCAACAACUGUGCUAGUGCUGCCAGGAAAUGAGGUUUUGUUCUCACUGGAAACGGCCUCAGACUACGUUAAAGAUGAGAAAGCUUGCUUUUAUGGCUUCAAGUGUGUGGCUGUGGGAUAUGAGUUCAACCCUGGUCCUGAUGAGGGUCUCAUCUUGCUUGAGAAAGAAUUAGCCUACCUGGGCAGUGUGUGUGCUGCAGCUCUGAUGAAGAAAGACCUGGCCCUUCCUAUAGGUAAUGAAUUGGAGGAAGAUCUAGAGAUUCUUGAAGAAGCCUCUCUUCAGGUGUGUAAGUCCCACUCAGGGAUCCUGGGGAAGGGUCUGGCCUUGUCUCACUCCCCCACCAUCCUGGAGGCCCUGGAGGGAAAUCUGCCCCUGCACCUUCAAACCAAUGAGCACUCUUUCCUUGAGGACUUCAUCACCUGUGUACAGAAUUCUAGUGGAGGACGUCUGGCCAGGUGGCUGCAGCCAGACUCCUAUGCAGACCCCCAGAAAACAUCUCUGAUCCUGAACAAAGAUGACAUACGCUGUGGAUGGCCAGCCACUGUGGUCGUACAGACCAAAGACCAGUAUGGCGAUGUGGUGCAUGUUCCUAACAUGAAGGUGGAGGUGAAGGCUGUUCCUGUGUCACAGAAGAAGUCGAUGCAGCCUGAGAAUGUGAAGAAGCUGCAGCGACUGCCAGGAAGCUCCUCGCCUUCAUCUUCUGGCCCUGACCUAACCUUCGGAGGGUUGCCAAUGCCCAAACUGGAGGCCACGUACGAGCCCAUGAUUGUGAAAGAGGCUCGAUACAUUGCUAUCACCAUGAUGAAGGCAUAUGAGAACUACUCCUUUGAAGAACUACGCUUUGCUUCCCCCACCCCAAAGAGACCCAGUGAGAACAUGCUGAUUCGUGCCAACACUGAUGGAACCUACAGUGCCAACUGGACUCCAGGAGCUGUGGGCCUCUAUACAAUCCACGUCACCAUUGAUGGCAUUGAAAUAGAUGCUGGUUUAGAGGUAGAAGUCAAAGACCCUCCCAAAGGCAUGAUUCCACCUGGCACUCAGAUGGUCAAACCAAAGGCUGAACCUCAGCCUAGCAAGGUCCGCAAAUUUGUGUCCAAGGACAGCGCAGGCCUGCGUGUGCGUAGUCACCCCUCCCUGCAGAGUGAACAGAUAGGCAUAGUGCAUGUCAAUGGCACCAUCACUUUCAUUGACGAGAUCCACAAUGAUGAUGGUGUAUGGCUCAGGCUCAAUGAUGAAACAGUAAAGAAGUAUGUUCCCAGCAUGAAUGGGUACACUGAAGCCUGGUGCCUCUCUUUUAACCAGCACCUGGGCAGGAGCCUCCUGGUCCCAGCCGACGAGGUCAGGGGCCAGUCGGAGGAGAACGUUAAGGAGGUGAGCAGCUGCCCUUCCCACGAGGCCCCCAUUCGGGUGCAGAACAGGGCAGGGCAGGGCGGCGGCCCGGGGCUUUAUAAGGUAGUGAAGACCGGCCCCUCUGGUCACAACAUCAGAAGCUGCCCAAACCUUAGGGGUAUCCCCAUUGGAAUGUUAGUACUUGGCAACAAGGUCAAGGCCAUAGGCGAGGUGGUCAACUCAGAGGGGACCUGGGUACAGCUGGAUAAGAACAGUGUAGUGGAGUUCUGUGAGAGUGAUGAAGGAGAGGCCUGGUCAUUGGCCAGAGACCGUGGUGGGAAUCAGUACCUUCGCCAUGAUGACGAACAAGUACUGCUUGAACACGGGGCGCAGACCCCACCACCCAGCCCUUUCUCUGUGCAGGCCUUCAACAGAGCCACAACUUCAAAUGGAGCGCAGGGCUUUGACUAUGGCAUUUCCAACAACAAAGGUGACCGGUUGAGUGCCAUACUGAAUUCCAUUCAGUCUGGGCCCUUCCUCUCAGCAGCUCCCUCCUCCUCCGUAUUUGAGCAAGCCGCCCAACCUCCUCCCUCCUCCUCCCUUGUCCACAGUCCAUUUGUGUUUGGACAAUCCCCCUCCCAACUGUCUCAGCCACAACCACAGCUUCUGAAUGGUUCAUCGCGCAGCCUUGCUUCUCGCGAGCGUGUGCACAAAAGCAGUGUGUCCGUGGCUGGGCAUGGUACUGCUCUCUCAUCUGUCGCUCUAAGGCAAAAGGGUGAGCGAGGGAACCUGAUGCCCGGUGCACGCCCCAUGUCCCCAGCCUCCAAACACCGCCAGGAGAAUCGCUUGCCAAAACAGGAGAGUCGGGGAAGCCGCUCAUCUGAACAGAGCCGGGUCAAGACAGGGGAGGGUGGACUCUCAGCCAGUGAAGCCCUCAUCCUGCGCUCAGACACGGCCAAACUGAGGUCUGACUCACACAGCCGCUCUCACUCGCCCAAUCACAACACCCUGCAGGCCCUAAAGGCAGAUGGGAGAACCCCUGGACUUCGGGCUGACUCCCCGAACCCUGGCUCUCGCUCCUCCUCUCCCAAACAGAAAGGCGGAUCCUCUUCAGGCAGGUCUAGCCCCUCCAGCACCUCAUCUCAGCACUCUUCGUCAACCCACCAUGACAAAAACCUGCCUCCUAAAGUUAGCCCUUCCUCCAAAGCCCGACUGGACCCUCCCAGAGAAAGGUCCAAAUCAGAUUCAUACACUCUGGACCCAGACACGCUUAGAAAAAAGAAGGUUCCACUUACCGAGCCACUCAGGGGCAGGUCUACCUCUCCCAAACCUAAACUGUCCCCUAAAGAUCCAAAUAAAGGAGUGAGCAAUAAUGCAGAGAACCGGGUUCCCUCUCCACAUGUGACCCAAGAGAACCUCCACAGUGAAGUAGUGGAGGUUUGCACCUCCAGUGCUCUUCUAUCCAAUGAGGAUGGCAACGAUGAGAAUGUGGAGUUACGUAAUGCUGAGGAGGGAUCAUGCAAGGUACACUUUAGCAUUGGCAAAGCCCCUGUCAAAGAGGAACUAGAGAGCCGGUCGUCACCCAAAGUCAGCCGCAAAACCUCCAGUCGACACACACGCCCUAAGAAGGACAAAUCUGGGCCUCUGUUUAAAGGUGAGAGUACAUCACGGGUCACGGAACCUGCCAAACAGGCCAUGUCACCCUCUGUAGCUGAAUGUGCGCGAGCAGUCUUUGCUGCAUUCUUAUGGCAUGAAGGUAUAGUCCAUGAUGCCAUGGCCUGCUCCUCCUUCCUCAAGUUCAACCCAGAUUUAACCAAAGAGCAUGCCCCCAUCCGCAGCUCCCUGGGAGGACAGGGUGCUGAGGAGAAAGAGAGCAAGUUGAAGAACCGCCACUCCUUAGAGAUUUCCUCUGCACUUAACAUGUUUAAUAUUGCUCCACAUGGGCCAGACAUCUCAAAAAUGGGAAGCAUCAACAAAAACAAGGUGCUCUCCAUGCUGAAAGAACCUCCACUGCCAGAGAAGUGUGAGGACGGCAAGGGAGAUGCCAUUUCUUAUGAGGCGACUUCUCAUCCCUCUAUGAGGGUAAAGUCAAUCUUGCCAUUAACAUUACAACACCUGGUGGCAUUCUGGGAGGACAUUUCUAUGGCCACCAUCAAGGCAGCGACUCAGAACAUGAUCUUCCCCAGCCCAGGCUCCAGCGCUAUCCUGAAAAAGAAAGAACAUGAGAAAGAUAAUAAAAAGGCGAAGAAGGAGAAGAAGAAAAGGGAGAAGGCGGAGGUGCGUCCAAGGGGGAAUCUGUUUGGAGAGAUGGCACAGCUUGCCAUGGGUGGACCUGAGAAAGACACCAUCUGUGAGCUGUGUGGGGAGUCUCACCCUUAUCCCGUCACCUACCAUAUGAGACAAGCUCACCCAGGUUGUGGCCGCUAUGCUGGAGGCCAGGGUUACAACAGCAUUGGCCACUUCUGUGGUGGUUGGGCUGGGAACUGUGGAGAUGGAGGCAUUGGAGGCAGCACCUGGUACCUGGUGUGUGAUCGCUGUCGGGAGAAAUACCUGAGAGAAAAACAGACUGCAGCCAGGGAAAAGGUGAAGCAAUCCAGGAAGAAACCCCUGCAGGUGAAGACUCCCCGAGCGCUGCCCACUAUGGAGGCCCACCAGGUGAUUCGAGCCAAUGCUUUGUUCCUGCUGUCCCUCAGCAGUGCUGCUGAGCCCAGCAUGCUGUGCCACCACCCUCCCCGGCCCCUGCACUCCCAGCUGCUUCCAAGCCUAAAGGAGGGUGUGUCAGACGAAAUCCCCAAUAAAAUGGGCUGUCUCUACCUUCAGACUCUAGCCAGGCAACACACUGAGAACUUUGGAGGCUACCAGGACGAUAACCUCUUCCAAGAUGAAAUGAGGUAUUUGCGCUCAACAUCUGUUCCUGCACCCUACAUUUCAGUCACCCCUGACGCCUGCCCCAAUGUGUUUGAAGAACCAGAGAGCAACAUGAAAUCAAUGCCCCCCAGGCUCUCAUUUAGUCUCGAAACCAGUCCAAUCACGGACAGCGACACGGCGAAGCGUACAGUGUUUCAGAGGUCUUACUCGGUCGUAGCAUCUGAGUACGACAAACAACAUUCGCCUUCUCCGGCCCGGGUCAAAGCCGUCCCCAGACGAAGGGUCCACAGUGGUGAUGCAGAGGUGGGGUCUUCCCUGCUACGACACCCAUCCCCAGAGCUCUCCAGGCUGAUCUCAGCCCACGGCUCUCUCAGUAAGGGGGAGAGGAAUUUCCAGUGGCCUGUCUUGGCUUUCGUUAUCCAGCACCAUGACUUGGAGGGCCUCGAGGUGGCCAUGAGGCACGCACUGAGGAAGUCUGCCUGCAGGGUGUUCGCUAUGGAGGCAUUCAACUGGCUGCUGUGCAAUGUGAUCCAGACCACCUCCCUGCAUGACAUCCUUUGGCAUUUUGUAGCAUCUCUCACCCCAUCACCCUUUGAGCCUGAGGACGAGGAAGAAGAUGAGAACAAGGGAAACAAAGAAAUCGUGGAACAGGAAAGAGACCUUGGCGUUUGUGAGCACCCUCUGUCAGACAUUGUUAUUGCCGGGGAGGCAGCUCAUCCUCUACCCCACACCUUCCACCGCCUCCUUCAGACCAUCUCUGACCUAAUGAUGUCACUUCCUAGUGGCAGCUCACUUCAGCAGAUGGCGCUCAGGUGCUGGAGUCUCAAGUUCAAGCAGUCCGACCACCAGUUCCUCCACCAGAGCAAUGUUUUCCAUCACAUCAACAACAUCUUGUCUAAGUCAGAUGACGGAGACAGCGAGGAGAGCUUCAACAUCAGUGUGCAGUCAGGCUACGAAGCAAUUAGUCAGGAUCUGUGCCUGGUGACCUGUCUAAAAGACCUGACCAGUGUAGUAGACAUCAAGACGUCCAGCCGUCCUGCCAUGAUUGGCAGCUUAACAGACGGCUCCACAGAGACCUUCUGGGAAUCUGGAGACGAAGACAAGAACAAAACCAAGAGCAUCACCAUCAGCUGUGUGAAAGGCAUUAACGCCUCCAACGUGUCUGUUCAUGUGGACAACUCCAGAGACAUUGGGAACAAAGUCACAUCAGUGACAUUCCUGUGUGGAAAAGCAAUAGAGGAUCUCUGCAGAAUCAAACAGGUUGACCUCGACUCACGUCACAUGGGCUGGGUGACAAGUGAGCUCCCUGGAGGGGAUCAUCAUGUGAUCAAAGUGGAACUGAAAGGUCCAGAGAACACCCUGAGGGUGCGUCAGGUGAAGGUCCUCGGGUGGAAAGAGGGUGAGAGCAUCAAGAUUCUAGGACAGAUCUCAGCCAGCAUGGCCCAGCAGAAGAACUGUGAGGCCGAGACUCUCCGAGUGUUUCGCCUCAUCACCUCACAGGUCUUUGGAAAACUUAUCUGUGGAGAUGCAGAGCCUACUCCAGAACAGGAGGAGAAAAACCUGCUUUCAUCACCCGAGGGAGAAGACAAGGCACCAUCUGAUGCAGACCUUAAAGAGCACAUGGUGGGAAUAAUUUUCAGCAGGAGCAAACUGACCAACCUCCAGAAACAGGUAUGUGCGCACAUCGUUCAGGCCAUCCGUAUGGAGGCCACACGCGUGAGGGAGGAAUGGGAGCACGCCAUCUCUAGCAAAGAGAAUGCUAACUCGCAGCCCAGUGAUGAUGAUGCCUCCUCAGACGCCUACUGCUUUGAGCUCCUGUCCAUGGUCCUGGCUCUCAGUGGCUCCAAUGUCGGACGCCAAUACCUCGCUCAGCAGCUAACACUAAUGCAAGACCUGUUUUCUCUGCUGCACACGGCUUCCCCAAGAGUACAGAGACAGGUCACAUCAUUGCUCAGACGCGUCCUUCCAGAGGUUACACCAGUGCGACUUGCCAGCAUCAUCGGGGUGAAGGCUCUGCCGCCAGCAGACAUCAGUGACAUCAUCCACUCCACAGAGAAGGGUGACUGGAACAAGCUCUGCAUCCUUGACAUGUUCCUGGGCUGCAUCGCAAAAGCCCUCACUGUGCAGCUGAAAGCCAAAGGCACCACCAUCUCUGGCACUGCAGGCAUGGCCGCUGGCAAAGGGGUGACCACUGUCACUCUACCCAUGAUCUUCAACUCCAGCUACAUCCGCAGAGGGGAGAGCCACUGGUGGAUGAAAGGCUCCACUCCUCCUCAGAUAGCAGAGAUCAUCAUUAAGCUGGUUAAAGACAUGGCAGCUGGUCACCUUUCAGAUUCUUGGUCCAGAGUCACCAAAAAUGCGAUAGCUGAGACCAUCAUAGCCCUAACCAAAAUGGAGGAGGAGCAUCGGUCUCCUGUACGCUGUAUCGCCACCACAAGGCUGUGGCUGGCCUUAGCUUCACUGUGUGUGCUGGACCAGGACCAUGUGGACAGGCUGUCCUCUGGUCGCUGGAUGGGCAAAGAUGGACAGCAGAAGCAGAUGCCCAUGUGUGACAACCAUGAUGAUGGUGAGACCGCAGCCAUAAUCCUGUGCAACAUGUGUGGCAACCUCUGCACCGACUGUGACCGCUUCCUCCACCUGCACCGACGCACGCGCUCUCACCAGAGACAGGUGUUCAAAGAGGAGGAGGAAGCCAUAAAGGUGGAUCUCCAUGAAGGCUGUGGGAGGACCAAGCUCUUCUGGCUCAUGGCUUUGGCAGACUCUAAGACGAUGAAGGCUAUGGUGGAGUUCAGAGAGCACACAGGUAAACCGGCCUCCAGCAGCUCAGAUGCCUGCAGGUUCUGUGGUACGAGGAAUGGAACCGAGCUGUCUGCAGUGGGCAGUGUCUGCUCAGACCCGGACUGCCAGGAAUAUGCUAAACUGGCCUGCAGUAAAACUCAUCCUUGCGGACACCCCUGUGGAGGAGUCAAGAAUGAGGAGAGCUGCCUUCCAUGUCUGCACGGCUGUGACAAGAACACCGGCUGUCUGAAACAGGAUGCAGAUGACAUGUGUAUGAUCUGCUUCACAGAGGCUCUCUCUGCUGCCCCUGCCGUACAGCUGGACUGCACUCAUGUGUUCCACCUUCAGUGUACUCGUCGUGUUCUUGAAAAUCGCUGGCUUGGGCCCCGGAUCACAUUUGGGUUUAUGCUGUGUCCCAUUUGCAAGAACAAAAUCAAUCACUCAGUGAUCAAAGACCUGCUCGACCCGAUUAAGGAGCUCUACGAAGAUGUGAGAAGGAAGGCUCUGAUGAGGCUGGAGUAUGAGGGUUUGCAUAAGAGUGAGGCAAUAACUACACCAGGAGCACGUUUCCACAAUGACCCUGCAGGCUUUGCCAUGAACAGAUAUGCAUACUAUGUCUGCUACAAGUGCAAGAAGGCCUAUUUUGGGGGCGAGGCACGCUGUGAUGCUGAGGCAGGACAGGGAGAUGACUACGACCCCAGUGAGCUGAUCUGUGGAGCAUGCUCAGAUGUCUCCAGGGCUCAGAUGUGCUCCAAGCAUGGCACAGACUUCCUUGAGUAUAAAUGCCGGUACUGCUGCUCGGUGGCUGUAUUCUUCUGCUUUGGCACCACUCACUUCUGCAACGCCUGCCAUGAUGACUUCCAGAGGAUGACCAGUGUCCCCAAAGAGGAGUUGCCCCAUUGUCCUGCAGGGCCCAAAGGCAAACAGCUGGAGGGUACUGAGUGCCCUUUGCAUGUAGUUCACCCACCAACAGGGGAGGAGUUUGCCUUGGGCUGUGGGGUGUGCCGAAAUGCCCACACCUUCUAAACAACAAAACUUUCACUGAAAACCAGUUUGUCUACUGUGAUUUCUGGCUGCUGCUGAAGCCCAGCCAUGAAACUCGACUCUUGCAUUGUCAAGUCUCCUGGACAGUGGACCAGGUUUCUGCUCUACGUCAAGAGUCCUCAGGUCUGCUCUUCUACCAACAUCGGUAUCCAGGCUCUGCUACGAAAACAAGUGGAGGCUUUUUUGGACUCAGAGUAACCUGAAUGGGGAAAAAAAGAACAAUAGAAUUUUAAAAAAGAAGAAAAAAAAGAAAAUAACUUGUGACGUGUUUGCAUGCGGCCGUUGUAUUCCCUCGGCUUCUAUAGACGUUGCACACCUCCUGAUCACUGAAGUGUAACAGAUUAAACAUUGAAUAGGAAAUAAAUUUGCUUAAAAGCAACUGUGGAUCAGCGUGGGUUUAAAAAAAAAGGAACAGGCCGUAUUUCCAGCUUCCUAACUAUGAAUUUAAAAUAUUGUUGUAUGUAAACUUUUUUUCGUAAUCUUGUACAGUAUUCUCCACUGUCAAGUGCAUCAUGGGUUGACGGACAAAAAAAGACAAGUUGGUGGAUAAGACUGUUAAGAAUAUUAUGUUUGGGAGGAAAAUAGUGUACGAUUUAUCUAAUCUUGUAUAUAUGAUACUAUUCAAAAUAGCUGUAUUCCGAAGUUGCUACUCUUCACUUCAGUUUUGUUUGAUAUUCUGGGUUAUGUUUUGAGCCAGAACUUUUAAUGAAGUGCAAUACUGGGUGUGCCUCCUAUUUUGCAGCUGUUUAACCUAUGGAAUGUAUGUCAAUAAAGCCACUGUACAUUUUUAUACAGUAGACAGUCGUAAUUCCCCCUCUUCUAAAUGUCAGAUCUCUUCUGUUGUCUGGAAAUGAGAAGGAGGAGCCUGGCGCCUGCAGUGAAUGAAGGUGGAUGUAAAUCCUGUUUGUAGCUCAGUCAAGGAAAAAAAAAGUACCAAAUCUAAAAUGAAUACAAAAACAAACAAAAGACCUCGCAGUGAGACUGAUUACAGCUGAAUGAUUGGAGGGGCCAGUCUUCACACCAAAUAAAAUUGUGCACCUGUAAUGCUUUUCCCUAUUAGGAGGCAGGGGGAUUGGGGGUCGGGGGAACAGAGUGUGGAAAAAAAGCAGCUGCUGUUAUAUAAAAAAAAAGCUUAAUACUUGUGAAUCUGCUCUGUAAUAUCUGUGGUGGAUGGAGUUGAAUGGUAAUAAACCAGGUUCUCUGUUUCGCAAAGUA